AUGGGAACGGGGUCUGACUCAGAGUCGGAGGGUAACGGAUGGGGCAGAGCAAGAGGAAUUCUGGUGAAGGCGGCGGUGUUGAUAGGAGGGGCUAUUCUCCUUAAGAGACUCACCAAGUCUACCACUCGCUGGGAUCAUGCCCGCUUUGUUUCCCACUCCCUCUCCGGCGAAAAGUUCUCAAUGGAGCAGGCUUCCAGAGACCCUGACAACUACUUCAAUUUCAGAAUGGUCACGUGCCCAGCAGCAGAGCUGGUGGAUGGUUCCCGGGUCUUAUAUUUUGAGCAGGCAUUUUGGAGAACUCCUUCCAAGCCCUUUCGGCAGAGAUUUUAUAUGGUAAAGCCUUGUCCAAAAGAGAUGAAAUGUGAUGUUGAGCUAAGUUCAUAUGCCAUUAGAGAUGUGGAGGAGUACAAGAACUUCUGUGAUCGCUCCAAGGCCCAGCGCCCACUUCCUGAGGAAGUUAUAGGGGACAUUGCAGAGCAUUUGACGACCAUAUAUCUCAAACGCUGUGAACGUGGCAAACGCUGUUUAUAUGAAGGUUCAACUCCAUCAGGGGGAUUCCCUAAUUCAUGGAGUGGUGCAACCUACUGUACUUCAGAACUUGCAGUCUUGAAGAAUAAUGAGAUUCAUAUCUGGGAUAGGGGCUAUGAUGAUGAAGGAAAUCAAGUUUGGGGAGUGAAGGAGGGUCCUUACGAGUUCAAGCCGGCACCUGCCUCAAGUUCCAAUGACAUGUUUUCUCCUUUAAAUUUUGCCCCCCCUCUGCCCAUGGAGAAAAGAAUAGAUGGUUCAUUUGUUUUACAAGAAUGAUCACUACUUUAUAACCAUGACAUGUAAAUUUUCAACUUUCAUGAUUCUUAGAUCUUACAUAUUGUGUUUUUGUCUAUUCUAUUUCCUCCGAAUGAACUUGAUGCAUUGAACAAUUAGCAAUGUAAAAUUGCACUCAAUAGCUGAAGUGCAAUAAAAUGUAUAGUGAUGGUUGGGAGCUUGUGAAUUUCCAGUUCAUCAUAUAUCCAUAUGUGAUUCCUAGAA